AUGUUGGACCCGUCGUCCAGCGAGGAAGAGUCCGAUGAGAUCGUGGAAGAGGAGAGCAGCAAGGAAGUGCUGGCCCCGGCGGCCUCGGGAGCGCGGCUCUCUCCCAGCCGGACCAGCGAGAGCUCGGGCGGCGGGGGAGGCAGCGGCGGGGCGAGUGGCGGAGGGCUGCAGCCCAGCAGCCGGAGCGCCAGCAGCGUCCGGCCUUCCAGCCCCAGCCCGUCGGUGGUGAGCGAGAAGGAGAAGGAAGAGCUGGAGAGGCUGCAGAAGGAGGAAGAGGAAAGGAAGAAGAAGCUGCAGCUCUACGUCUUCGUCAUGAGGUGCAUCGCCUACCCCUUCAAUGCCAAGCAGCCCACGGACAUGGCCAGGAGGCAGCAGAAGAUAAGCAAACAGCAGCUCCAAACAGUCAAGGAUCGCUUCCAAGCCUUCCUCAACGGAGAAACUCAGAUUGUGGCAGAUGAGGCUUUCAUGAAUGCUGUCCAGAGUUAUUACGAGGUAUUUCUGAAAAGUGACCGUGUUGCCAGAAUGGUGCAGAGUGGUGGGUUUUCAGCUAACGACUCUCGAGAAGUCUUCAAGAAACAUAUUGAAAAGAGGGUCCGUAGUCUCCCGGAGAUUGAUGGCCUCAGCAAGGAAACGGUCCUUACUUCCUGGAUGACAAAAUUUGAUACAAUAUAUCGGGGUGAGGAGGAUCCACGUAAAGCACAAGCCAGAAUGACGGCGAGCGCUGCCUCAGAGCUGAUCCUCAGUAAGGAGCAGCUGUAUGAGAUGUUCCAGAAUAUCUUGGGAAUCAAGAAAUUUGAGCAUCAACUUCUGUACAAUGCAUGUCAGCUGGACAAUCCAGAUGAACAAGCAGCACAAAUCAGGCGGGAGUUAGAUGGACGUCUUCAGAUGGCAGAUCAGAUUGCCAAGGAACGCAAAUUUCCUAAAUUUGUAUCCAAAGAAAUGGAAAACAUGUACAUUGAAGAGCUAAAGUCAUCAGUCAACUUGCUAAUGGCAAACCUGGAAAGCAUGCCAGUGUCCAAAGGGGGCUCUGAGUUCAAGUUACAGAAGCUGAAGCGCAGUCACAACACCUCCAUUAUUGACAUGGGAGAAGAAAAUGAAAACCAGCUUUCCAAGUCUGAUGUUGUGCUGUCUUUUUCCCUGGAGGUCGUCAUUAUGGAAGUUCAGGGACUCAAAUCCUUAGCACCCAACCGCAUUGUAUAUUGUACUAUGGAAGUGGAAGGAGGAGAAAAACUACAGACAGAUCAGGCUGAAGCUUCAAAACCAACCUGGGGGACUCAGGGUGACUUCACCACAACGCAUGCCCUUCCAGCAGUGAAGGUGAAGCUGUUUACAGAGAGCACUGGUGUGCUGGCAUUAGAAGACAAAGAACUUGGGCGGGUUGUUCUUCAUCCUACACCAAACAGUCCAAAACAAUCAGAGUGGCACAAAAUGGCUGUUUCCAAAAACUGCCCUGAUCAGGAUCUAAAAAUCAAACUUGCUGUCCGAAUGGAUAAACCUCAAAACAUGAAGCAUUCAGGGUAUUUGUGGGCCAUUGGCAAAAAUGUCUGGAAGAGGUGGAAGAAAAGGUUCUUUGUGCUGGUCCAGGUUAGCCAGUAUACGUUUGCGAUGUGCAGUUACCGAGAGAAAAAAGCUGAGCCUCAAGAGCUGCUACAACUGGAUGGAUACACAGUAGAUUACACGGACCCACAGCCAGGUUUGGAGGGUGGCAGAGCAUUUUUCAAUGCAGUGAAAGAAGGAGACACAGUGAUUUUUGCAAGCGAUGAUGAACAGGACCGCAUCCUCUGGGUCCAAGCCAUGUACCGAGCCACUGGCCAGUCCCACAAACCUGUGCCACCCACUCAAGUUCAGAAACUUAAUGCUAAAGGAGGAAAUGUGCCCCAACUUGAUGCCCCAAUCUCUCAAUUUUAUGCAGAUAGAGCUCAAAAGCAUGGCAUGGAUGAAUUUAUCUCUUCCAAUCCCUGUAACUUUGACCACGCUGCACUCUUUGAGAUGCUUCAGCGCCUCACUUUGGACCACAGGCUUAAUGAUUCCUAUUCGUGUCUGGGCUGGUUCAGUCCUGGCCAGGUAUUUGUGCUAGAUGAGUACUGCGCACGUAAUGGAGUCAGAGGCUGCCACAGGCAUCUCUGCUACCUCAGUGAUUUGCUUGAGCGGGCAGAAAAUGGAGCGAUGAUCGAUCCCACCCUGCUUCACUACAGUUUCGCCUUUUGUGCAUCCCAUGUUCAUGGCAACAGACCUGAUGGAAUAGGAACUGUAACAGUAGAAGAAAAGGAACGGUUUGAAGAAAUCAAAGAAAGGCUGCGGGUGUUACUGGAAAAUCAAAUCACACAUUUUAGGUAUUGCUUCCCAUUUGGCCGACCAGAAGGAGCUUUAAAAGCCACACUAUCACUCUUGGAACGGGUUUUGAUGAAAGACAUAGUUACUCCAGUUCCUCAAGAGGAGGUAAAAGCCGUCAUCCGUAAAUGCUUAGAACAAGCUGCAUUGACUAACUAUACACGACUAUCAGAAUAUGCCAAAAUUGAAGAGAAUCAAAAGGAUGCAGAAAAUGUAGGUCGGUUAGUCACACCUGCCAAAAAGCUAGAAGAUACAAUUCGCUUGGCGGAACUGGUAAUUGAAGUUCUACAGCAGAAUGAAGAACACCAUGCAGAGGGAAAAGAGGCCUUUGCUUGGUGGUCAGAUUUAAUGGUUGAACAUGCGGAAACCUUCCUCUCAUUGUUUGCGGUAGAUAUGGAUGCAGCUCUAGAGGUCCAGCCCCCAGAUUCCUGGGACAGCUUUCCACUCUUUCAGCUUCUAAAUGAUUCCCUUCGUAGUGACUAUAAUUUGUGCAAUGGAAAAUACCACAAACAUCUUCAAGACUUGUUUGCUCCGCUUGUUGUUAGAUAUGUCGAUCUCAUGGAGUCCUCAAUUGCACAAUCAAUUCACAGGGGCUUUGAGCGGGAGUCAUGGGAACCAGUAAAGAGUUUAACAAGUAAUCUGCCCAAUGUGAAUCUACCAAAUGUGAAUCUCCCUAAAGUUCCAAAUCUACCAGUAAACAUCCCGCUAGGCAUCCCCCAAAUGCCUGCCUUUUCCGCACCGUCAUGGAUGGCUGCUAUAUAUGAUGCUGACAAUGGAUCAGGAACAUCAGAAGAUCUGUUUUGGAAACUAGAUGCCUUACAGACCUUCAUCAGGGAUCUUCAUUGGCCUGAGGAAGAAUUUGGGAAGCACUUAGAACAGCGCCUAAAACUUAUGGCUAGUGAUAUGAUCGAGUCCUGUGUGAAGAGAACCAGAAUUGCGUUUGAAGUAAAGCUGCAAAAAACCAGCCGGUCAACAGAUUUCAGAGUUCCUCAAUCAAUAUGCACCAUGUUUAAUGUUAUGGUUGAUGCCAAAGCUCAAUCAACAAAACUUUGCAGUAUGGAAAUGGGCCAAGAGCACCAGUAUCAUUCAAAAAUAGAUGAACUAAUUGAAGAAACCGUCAAAGAAAUGAUAACGCUCCUAGUAGCAAAGUUUGUCACCAUCCUGGAAGGAGUCCUGGCCAAACUAUCCAGAUAUGAUGAAGGGACAUUAUUUUCUUCUUUCCUUUCAUUUACUGUGAAGGCAGCUUCCAAAUACGUGGAUGUGCCCAAACCAGGAAUGGAUGUUGCUGACGCCUACGUGACCUUCGUUCGCCAUUCUCAGGACAUCCUGCGUGAUAAGGUCAAUGAGGAGAUGUAUAUAGAAAGGUUAUUUGAUCAAUGGUACACCAGCUCCAUGAACAUCAUUUGCACCUGGCUCACAGACCGCAUGGACCUUCAGCUUCACAUCUAUCAACUGAAAACUCUUAUUAGAAUAGUAAAGAAAACAUACAGAGAUUUUCGAUUGCAAGGAGUUCUGGAUUCCACCUUGAACAGCAAAACCUACGACACAGUACGAAACCGGCUGACAGUAGAAGAAGCCACAGCCUCUGUCAGUGAAGGUGGAGGGCUCCAAGGGAUCACCAUGAAAGACAGUGAUGAAGAGGAUGAAGAGGAUGAUUAG